UGUGUCUCUGCCAUCAGGAGAAGAAGGGCUCUGUGGCUGCAGACGCUGAUCAUCGGGCUGGAAAUUAAGUUUUUUUCUGAAAUAGAUAUAUGAAAACUCGGUUCACGGGGAAAGGAAACUGCCUGCAGGUCUCUGGUUUCCAUUAAAGAAACGCUGGGGACACCAGCUGCUUGACUGCGGGGAACCAGAGAGCCUCCGCGGGAGGAGAUGUACCGCGGGCGGCCUCCUUCGAGGGGAGCCUACCCGCCGCCUUUCGAAGGCCGAGGACCACGGCCUCCGAGGCCUUAUCCGGCACCGGACUACAGAGACGACAGGAGCCGGCCUAGGCCUCCCUACCACCACGGCUACCACGACCAUGGUCACCCAGACUCCUACCGCCGGUCCCCGCCGCGCAGGAAGUACCCUUCCCCAGGGUCAGGAAGUUACUGGGCCGGUGGUCCGCCGAGGGAGAGGUCUCCGUCGCCACGCGGGCAGAUUCCCCUGGACCACAACCUGGUCAUCACCGUCGGCAACGAGCUGACCGGAUCACCUGGCCCCGCCCCUCCACGCCAUCAUGACAGAGACUACCCUGCCCGACCCAAGUAUGAGCGGAGCCAGAGCAGGGGCCGGAGCCGACCACGCAGCUGGAGUCGAGACCGGAGUCCGGACCGUAGCCGGGCCAAGAGUCGAGGUCGGAGCAAAAGCCGGGUCCGCAGCCGGAGUCCGGACCAGAGCAGGGCCAAGAGUCGGGGAAGGAGCAAGAGCCGAGCAAGGAGCAAGAGUCGCCCUCGCAGCAGAUCUAGAUCUAGAUCCAGGUCCAGGUCUAGAUCCAGGUCCAGAGGGAGGAGCAGAGGAAGGAGCCGUGGGCGGAGCUUCAGCAAAGUAGUGAGUCACGCCCGCAGUAAAAGCAGACAGAGGAGUCGUAGUCGCAGUCGAAGCCGCAAGCGUAGCCGCAGUCGAAGCCGCAAGCGUAGCCGCAGUCGCAGCGUGAGCAGCAGCAGCAGCUCGAGCUCGAGCAGCUGCAGCGGAGACGAUAGCAACGAGAAAUCCAGAAAAGAGUUCAAAGAGCUGGAGAUGGCUCGACGCAGGAAGGAGAUGGAGGAGAUGCUUAGUCUGCCGACAAAGUCCAUCCUGAAGAAACGCACCGACUCCGAGGAUUCGCCGUCACUUCGGGGCAGAGACUCUCCCCGAGGUCUGGAGGGCUCCAGCAUCUCUCGGGUUGCCGAACAGCUGCUGCAGGCAGUCAAAGGCAUGGAGCCUCACGUGGUUGCCUCUGUGCUGUCGGAGCUCCGGUCUGACCCACAGAUGGCUAAUCGCGCCGGCCUCGACGCUGAGAUCAAAGAGAUCCUGAACCUGCUUGGUGGGACGGGGGCCAAGGCUCACAUGAAGACCGUGGACGACAUUGACGAUGAGGAGAAGUUUCUGUACGGAGACUCUGAGGAGCCCAAACCUCCACUGGUGUCUGAGCCGGUCCGACAUCACGUGCUGGAUCUGUACGGAGACGUGACGGAGGAAGCGCUGUACGGAGACUACCCCCCGCCGAAAGCCAUCAUCAAUCAGACGUAUGGCUGCCCUCCUGGGGCCUCGUCUCACCUCCAGGCCUCUUCCACCAUGGGGGAGGUGGACACGAGGUACGCAAGCAGGCCCACCAUCAGCCCCGACCAGAGCAUCACAGUCCAGGUGUCAAACCCUGCAUACCCCCCUGGCACGGAGCCGCUGGAGGAGAGCGAGCGCCAGGCACUGGAGGAGUACGAGAAGAUCCAGGACCUGCUGAAGACCAUCGGCCUGGACCUGGGCGUCACUGAGAUCAGUAAGAUGGCUGCCAGGACCAAGGAGCGUCUCCAUGGAAACAAGCCGCCUCCAAAGACCCUCACACAUCGCAGGCGAUACUCCUCUGGCAGCUCGGACGGCAGCCGGGGUCUCAGGAGGCGGAGCCACAGCAGCUGCUCCAGCAGCAGCAGCAGGAGUCGCAGCCAGGGGGGCAGCUGGAGCAGUGACGACAACCACAGGAAGCCGGCUCCACCCAAGUCCCACAAAGACAGAGAUGUGAGAGAGACGAAAGCUGAGUGGGGCAAUAUGGCACCUCCCCAGCACAAAGAGCCGCCGCCACAAACCCCCGACCACAACAACCUCCCCCCUCCCCCCGGGGUGCCCAUACCCACCUACCCCCCAUCACAGGUCCAGGGCAUGAUGCCCCCUAACUACCCCCCACCAGGUUAUGGCCAGUACGGAAACUACCUGCCGUACAUGCACCAGCAGUGGCCUCCCAUGUACCCACCCCCCAGUGUGACCCUGCCCCCCCAGACCAGCACCGACGAAUUCCCUCCCGCUCUGCCAUACAAGCCGCCAUACAACAAACCAGCCCCUGAGCCAGGGGUCAAAGGCUCGGUGAAGACUUCCGUUCAGGACAGUGACAGGAGGAGCUCUAAAGUCAGCAGCCAGGACCGGAGAGUGUCUGAGGAGCAGAACAACGAGAGCCAGAAACAGAAGGUUCUGGAGGAGAGAGAGAAGCUGAAGCAGGAGAGAGAGAUCAGGAUGAAGAAGAAGGAGUAUCUGAUGAAGGAGCUGGAGAGACUCAGGAAGCAACAAGGUGAGCUCCUGAGGAAGAAGCGCAGGGAGAAGGAGGGUCACAAAGACCCUCUGCUGCAGGAGAUCAGCCACCUGCAGGAGGAGGUCAUGACUCAGAUCUCUAACCUCCGCAAGGAGCAUGAGGCCGCGGAGAAGAAACACAACGAGAUCGACAAGGUGGCGCUCAUCCUCGGCCUCAGCCCAUCGGACCGGCCCCGCAGGCCCGGCAGACCUCCCGAGGACCAGGGGGGCGAUCCGCCGCCAGAGAAGAAGAAACGGGAGCCAGAGAGGAGUCCUGAAGGACAGCAAGCGUCCAGCAGCUCCAUGUUAAAGACCUCAGCUGUGCCGUCGUUAUCGAGAUUGUCCCCCGACAAGCCACUCCCCGGUGACCCUCCUCCGGCCCCAGAGCCGUUUGAAUACUAUGACGCAGGAAACCACUGGUGCAAAAACUGUAACGUCACGUCUGGAUCCAUGUUCGAUUUUUUCACACACUUGCACAGCAAAACGCACCGAAAGACUCUGGACCCGUACGAACGGCCCUGGGCCUCCACUCCCACCAAAAUCAUCAAGAACACGCUGCCAGAGGAGAAACUGACGAAACCUGCCAAAGGUUCAGAGUUCCUGCUGCCUGUCAGAGGAUUCUUCUGCCUGCUGUGUAAAGAGUUUUAUGGAGACGCCAUCUGUGCAGAAGAGCACGUGACCACACACGCUCACAAUGAGAAAUACAAGAAACAAAUGUAUGAGAAUCCACUGUAUGAACAGAGGAGGAACCUGGACCGGCAGGCAGGACUGGCCUUAGAGACGAGUGGAAAGAAACGCAAACACGAGGAUGAUGAGAAAGGAAGCAAAGACAAGGAGGAAAAGAGCAAACACAAAAGGGAGAAACGGGACAAGGAGAAAAAGAAGAUAGAUGAUGAUGCUGUUCAGAAGGAGGAAAAAUCAGAAAUUGGAAAGGAGGAAGAGGAGGAUAGGCUGAAGUGUAGCAAGACAAGGGAGGAUGUCAAAAGUGUCAAAAGCCUGGAGGAGGAGCGGUCUGCUUACAGCAAGAAAGAUGAGGAUGAAAAUUAUAAAUACAGCAGAAAGGAUGAUAAAUACCGGUACAGCAAAGAGGAAGAGGAGAGGGGCAACCGCUACAAAUACAGCAGAGAAGAAGAGCAUCGGUACCGGUAUCGCAGGGAUGAUGAUGACAGAUACGACACCCGCCCCAAAUAUGGCCCGAGAGAUGACGAGGACAAGCAUAAGUACGAAAAAUAUUCAGAAUUCAGAUCCAAAAAUGACAGAGAGCGAGACGAAGGGAAACCUAAGGCUGAGAGGGAAGCCAUUAAAAAGCCUGAGCUGGGCAAACCAGCAGGGAAACCGGAGGUCAGCAAGCCUGAACCUGCACCAAAGCCCUAUGACCCGCCCAAAAUCCUCUGUGGACCCAGUCCAGCCAUGAGGGCCAAACUCCGCAAACAGAGCCUGGAAGCUGGCAAGCCGGGUUCUGCAACUACGGCUACUUCAUUCGGGAAGUUCACGUGGAAGAGGAAGGAGAACAUGUUGGCAAAGGUGGCUGAGAAAGUGGCCGCCGAGUUCAUCAAGGAAGACGAGGCGGCUGUAAGCCAGCAGCAGCCCAUCUCCGUGGAGGAUUCUUUUGCAAAGUCAAUGGCUGUUGCUAAGGAGAUUGCACAGAAGCUAGCGAGCCAGAACACUACACCCUGUCCCUGUGUGUCCAAUGGUGCCAACCGGGGAAGGAUCCGGCCCAACCUCCCAGCACCUGCUGCUGUUCUGAGGAAAACGACCAUGAUGGCAAAACCUGCACCACUGAACACCUUUCUUUCUAUCAGACCCCAAAACACAGGCUUACAAGGCCCUCCUUCAAAAGACGGAUCAGUAGUCUCUGAUCCUCUAACAAAGGCUCUAAGUGCUCAGAAUGCACUGAUAGAAACCAAACCUGUGCCACCAGAUGGUAGACCUGGACCAGUUGAGGCUAUACCUGCCCCGGCAGUGUCUACACCAGAGCCAGUAGAGGCUAAACCUCCACCCCCGGUGUCAAGACCUGUACCAUUUGAGGUUAAACCUGCGCCUCCAGUUUCUAAGCCUGCUCCAAUUGAGGCAAAACCUACAGCAUCAGAGGGUAAACCUCCACGAUCUGAGGCUACUCCUGGACGAUCCGAGGGUAAACCUGCAGGACCAACCAUGAUAGAGAUAGUAUCUGACGUUGCAGCUCCCGGCGUCCCAGAGAGUGAGCAGACUCGUACAGUGUUCGUCAAGCCUCCACCUUUCAUGAACAUGGGUGAUGGAGCUCAGAGGUCUGAGAAACUUAAGAGUAAUCUGGCUGCUGCCAAAGCCCAGGACUUAUUUGGCAUCUUCUACAGCAGCACUGGUCCCUCUUCCAUUACCAAACCAGCAACAGACUCCAGAGCUGACAGGAGUAGCACCUAUCGAAGUCCACUUUCAGCCCCACAAGCACCAAAACCACAACCUCCGCCUCUGCCCCAAACCCAGUCCCAAUCUCCUGCUGAGGUCCAAACACCAGACUCAGACAGUUCACCACCAUGUCCGCAGUCCCAGCUAAAAUCAGAAAUUCAAAUUGCUUCGGUUUGGUCCUUGCAGCGUCCCCCCGCACGAACACCUGAGAUGGCUCCAUCUCAACAAACACAUACAACUCGACCAAAACUGACUCUGCCAGCUCAGUCAGAGGCUCCGAGUGGACCCCAAAACCAGUCCUCAGCUCCUAAAUCUGAGUCUCAAAUCACCCCACAAAAUAAGCCUGCUGAGGUGGAACCAACACCUCACACUCAGUCCAAGCCAAAACUCGCUCCUCAAGUCCAGUCAGUGCCACAAUCCCAACCCCAACCAGAUCAGCACACCCAGACCCAUUUUGACCCAGCUGCAGAACAUGAAUCCAAACCAGGUCCCAAAACUAGAGGCAAGACAACUCAAACAAAGAAAACCUCCCCUACUCCCCGCCCUGUCCGACAAACUCGAUCCCAAACUAGAUACCAGACCUGGCAGCAACAGCAGAGCCAGUCUGAGCGAGAACCUGAGUCAGCUUCAGGGGACUUUGAAUCACCAGCUUUAGACCCAAAGGGGCUGGACACCUCUGACCCUGGGUCCUCUGGGUCACAGCCAGAGGAGGGGCCACCCAGCAAGGGGGGCAGUCAGGUGACGGAGAUCACCCCUGAAACCCUGGGCCUCCCCUCCGACAUGACCUCCCUGGACUUUGACUACGACUUUAACUUUGAGUAGGACCUGUCUGGGGUGGGGUGUGAAGGGGUGACACCACCCAUACACAGAAUGCUCGGAGGAUCAUAAACAGUCUUUCAUCAGUAAUUUACUGGACUUGAAGGCAGCUGGAAAUGGCAAGGGACACUCGCACCUACAGACUUUAGACUUUUAAAACACUGAUCCUCAUCUGUUAAAGGGACCAGUCUGAUGUUUUCUCAAACCCUGUUGUGUCUUCUCCAGAGUCAGGUUUCAGAUGGAUACAGGUUUCAUCUCUGUGGAACCAGUACAGAAACAGGUCCUGGGUGUAGUUGGCCUGGUUUAAAGGUUCAUGCUGGUGAAAAUUUCCCUUGAAGAUACAAAUCCAGAAACUACUUAAUCCCUCGAAUAAGUAUUGUCUGUGUUGUAUGUGUCACUGCUGUAGAGCUGAAAUUAGUGAAGAAUCAUUAAUCACCUAUUUGGAUAAUUGAUUAAUGAUUAACUAAUUUUUCUGGCAGAAAUCAAAUAUUGGCUGGUUGCAGCUUCUUCCCUGUAAGAAAUUUGUUUUUCUUUUUUCUUACAUAUAAAUGUCAUGUUCUUGGGUUUUGGACUGUUGGUUGGACAAAAGGAGGAGUGUAACGUCAGCUGGGAUUGUGGGGAAAUGUAAAGUCUAUUUUUAUUGAUUUCUGAGGUUGAAUAGAUGGUUAGCAGAGCAUGAAAACAAUCAUUCAUUACUUCACUGUGUCCAAAAGCACAAUGUCGAGUUACAGUGAGUUAAUUUUAUUCCUCUCAGCUUGACAAAGAGACAAACGUGUCCAAAGACAGAAGAGUGAAACUGAUCAGGUUCUCAGUUGAAUUGUCUGGAUUCAGUGAGACCCCUCAUCGUCAGGAUAGCAACAGUUUGGUUCUCCACAGUGCUUUUGGACAGUGAACCCUGAAAUAAGCUGAAAAUAAUCUCUAUCUGUGAGAUGUAAUCAGCAAACAAAGGAACCUCUGCCUCAUUUUACAAUGUGGGACUCACCUUUAGCUCCAGUGAAGGAAAAUCUGGAAAUAUCUUGCUCAUCUGUCGUUUAUGGCAGCAAUGCCCUGCUGUCUCCAUACUUUUGGUCACUUGGUGUGUAUGUGCUCCACAGAUGAGACCUGCUAGAAGGAGAAAGUCACAGUUGGUUUUUGCUCUUUGGGGAAUUCUUGUUCAUCAUAAAAAUCUAAAGUGACACAGAGAUGAAAUUGAUCCAUCUUCUCAUCUGGCUUCCUGAAGUGUGGGACUGCUCCUUUAAAGAUCACAGCGCCGCCAUCAUCACGUUCUCACAGAGGAAAUCUGAAGGAAUCGUUCUGUAGACCGUUAGCUGUUUGUCUCGUCUGUUGAAGCUCAGACUCAGUUUUCCUUUGUAAAUCGUGACGAGAUGUUCGCACGGCUCGGACAGUUUUCACGUGUUACCUGAAGAUCCAGGAUCUGGUUCCUAAGAAUCUGCAUCAGGUUUGCUCUCUUUGUUGUGUUUGAUGCACUGAUCUGUGGUCAGUGUCUCUUGUGCAUAAGAAUAGAAACCUGCUCGUCUUGUAAAAUUUGUUGCUUAAAGUUUUAAUAAAAGUUGUGGAAAAAGCAGGCAGAAGGUCUGUGUGUGGUGAUAAUCAGUAACGGAGCUUCACUUUUCAGAUCGUGUUUCCUCUGAUGGAGCAUUUGUUCAGCUCAGACUCCAGUAGUUUACAGUGAGACAGUAACUCUGAAGGUUCUGGUUAGAACAAGCUGAGAUCUGACGUUUUUAAACACAAAGCUCCAGAUUUCUUGUUUUACAUCCUUCAGUUGUAGAGAUGUGUUUCUGCUGUCGAGCUUUCUAAAGCUCGGAUGAAGGGUCCAGGGUUCUGAUGCUACUUUGAAGUCAUGGUUCAGUUUCAAGGUGUCUCCCUCAUGUUUUCUCUCGUCUCAGUGUGUGUGUGGCAGAUUGACUGUUCACACCUUUUCUUCUACAACAGUCCAUGAUGUGGAUUUGGUUUCACAGUCGACAGCGUCAGGGACGAGUCUCCUGCAGAGAAGGUAAGACCACCAGCUCUGUCUCAGAGUCAAAAUGUCUUCUUCAUCUUCUUGCCAUAUUUUUGGUUAUAAAUCUAGAUUCACAUCAAAAUGUUUUACUGGAUGUUAUUUUGGCGAUGUUCUUGUACAGCUGAUUGGGAGCGCACUGUGUUUUAAGAAGUCCGGC